AAAAAUAAAAAUAUUCAAAAUAAAAAUAAAAUAAAUUUUGAUUAAAGUUGAAAAAAAUAAAAAAUUCGCAAAACGAAGAAGACACAGUUGAGUAGAUUCUGUUAAUGGAAGCUCGAAACCCUUCUCCGUCACCGGUUCGAGUCCUCAUUCGUCCACCACCGUCUUCCUCCGCUUCAACCACCACCACCACCGGGAAUCCGUCAUCGGCGCCACCUCCUUCUUCCUCCGACGGCGUGGUAGUAAUCGGUUUCAUAGCGCGACGACACGACGAUUCAACUCACUUACUCAACCGAGUUAUCGAUUCUAAUGUCUUCGCUUCUGGUAACCUCGAUACACCGUUACUCGUUGAUGAUGAAGAAGCUAAGGAAUGGUUUAAGCGUAGAAGAAUUAGUUACUUUCGUGACCGUGAUAAGGGGAUUUUGUUCCUUCAUUUUUCUUCAACUCGUUGUUGUUCUGUUCAUGAUUCGUUUGAACCUUCGCUUGGAUUUGAUUCUGUUGUUGAAGAGCAUGAGUUUGGUGAUUUACAGGGAAUGCUUUUCAUGUUCUCUGUUUGUCAUGUUAUCAUAUAUAUUCAAGAGGGGUCACGGUUUGAUACUAGGGUUUUAAAGAAUUUUCGAGUGCUACAAGCGGCGAAACAUGCUAUGGCUCCGUUUGUUAGGUCGCAAGGUGGUGCGCCGGGCUUACCGUCUAGAGUGCAUUCUUCGGCUUCAUUGUCUUCUCGAGCUGUAUCGACAGGAAAUAAUAAUUCUUCUCCGGGUAGAGGUGGUGGUAACUUGAAUCGCAAUGCGUCUAUGUCAGGUUUAGAUUCUUCUCUGGGUAGAGGUGCUAGUGGUAACUUGAAUCGCAAUGCGUCGGCUGUGUCUCUUAUGUCAGGGCUAGGAUCUUAUACUUCUUUAUUUCCUGGACAGUGUAUACCUGUGAUGCUGUUUGUGUUUGUGGAUGACUUCUCCAGUUUAUCAAAUUCCAGUACAAAUGGGGAGGACUCUUCGGAUGUAUCUUCGCUUAAUCAGUCUUCUAGUUCGAGUAGUGUAGGGAAGACAAAUUUUCCUGCUACUAAAGGUUCUGGUUCAGUUGUUGUGCUGGCACGCCCUGCAAGUCGAUCUGAAGGUGGACUUAGGAAGAAACUACAGUCGUCUCUUGAAGCGCAAAUUCGCUUUCUGAUUAAGAAAUGUAGAACAUUAUCAGGUUCCGAAGUUACUCACCCCGGUGUGAGGACUGGGGGUUCCUCAGCUUCUGCAGCUCUCUUUUCACUUGAUGCAUCAAGGGCAGUUGUUUUGUUAGACCGGCUUUCAAUUCAAAAAGGUGAAUCUCUGGAGUUUGCCACAGGACUUGUUGAAGAUGUCUUGAAUGGGAAAGCAACCUCAGAUUCCCUUCUGCUGGAAAGCCAUGGUCAAAUAGCAAGCAAAGAGGAUUUAAUAUCUGUUAAAGAGUUUAUUUACAGGCAAUCUGAUAUUUUGAGAGGGAGAGGGGGGCUAGUAAAUACCAACAGUAGCUCUGGUGUCGGUAUGGCUGCUGUGGCAGCAGCGGCAGCUGCUGCCUCAGUUGCAUCUGGUAAAACAUUUACUGCUCCUGAUCUUCCAAGUUUUGAAACUUGGUUAACUUCAAGUCUUCAUAUCUUGAGUAGAGUUCUCUGUGCAAAAGGGGGUUGCUUGGAUGAAUUUGAAAUUAAUAAAAGAAAGCCUCGUCCAAGGAACACUGUUUCACCUGCAGCAGAGGAAUCAUUGAAGUCUACAAAUCCUUUAGACGUUGCUGUAUCUUGGUUGCAAUGUGGUAGAGGGUUGAACACUAAGUUUUCGACUUCCUGGUGCCAAAGAGCCAUUCCAGCUGCAAAGGAGAUAUAUUUGAAAGAUUUGCCUGCUUGCUAUCCUACAUCACAACAUGAAGCUCACUUAGAUAAAGCUUUGCAUGCAUUUCGCUCAAUGGUAAAAGGACCUGCUGUGCAACGUUUUGUAAAAACAUUGGAAGAGGAAUGUUCUUCCAUUUGGAAAUCAGGAAGGCAGCUUUGUGAUGCUGUUAGUUUGACGGGAAAACCAUGCAUGCACCAAAGGCAUGAUGUUGAGGGCAGUAAUUCAGAAUUGGGAUCUUUGCCUAAGCCACAUUCAAGUGGCUACUUUUUCCUGCAUGCCUGUGCUUGUGGCCGUUCACGACAGUUACACCCAGAUCCGUUUGAUUUUGAAUCAGCUAAUGCUGGUUGCUUCUCUGACUGUGAUAAGCUACUUCCUGCAGUCAAACUACCAGAAACUGAAGUUGAAGGACCUGUUCAAUCUUCUUCCUGGAAUUUGCUGCGUAUUGGAGGUUCAAGAUACUAUGAAUCUUCCAAAGGCUUACUUCAGAGUGGAUUUUAUGCUACUGAGAAAUAUCUUCUGAAGUGGACAAUAUACCUAGAGAAACAUAGAAGGCUAAUUGGUUCAACAGAGACUACAGUUAAACAAACUUCUGUAAUCAGGGGACCCAAUGUUGAACAUAUUGCAAAGAAAACUGGUGAUAAACAAUCCAACCCUGCUGUGCAAAAUGGAGUGGAAGACCAUAGAACAUCUUUGGAUAUUAUUAAAGCUGAUGACAAAAAUAUAAGUUUUGGUAGAGGUUUUCCUACUUUCAAUAUGAGAAAACCUUUUUCUGAGGUUGUUGCUGGAUCAGCGGCUGUUGAUUCAGGAUUCCCUCCUCUUCAGCAAAGGAAAUUGCCUACAUCAGGUUCAGAGAAAGGUGUGAAGCAAAGCAGGCCAAGUAAUCAGAAUGCAGAAAGGGGUAAUGCAACUAUCGAUCACCAAACAUCUCAAAAAUCUCAAGAUAUGUUGUUUACUGAGGGACCGCUUCAUGGUAAUGGAAAUGAUAGUUGCACAGACAGCGACCCUUUUUUGAGGAUAGGUAGCAAUGUAGUACCUGUAUACUUGAAUGGUGGUGAAAAGAGCAAACCAAAUUCUUCUUUAAAACAUGUGAUAGUAUAUGUUGGAUUUGAACAUGAAUGCCCCCGUGGCCAUCGUUUCCUGUUAAAUGCAAAUCACCUCACUGAACUUGGAUCUUCAUACUCAUCAUCUGAAGAUUCUCAUUUAUCUUCUUCUACGGAGUCUGCUGAAAGAAAUCAGGAAUCUCAUACUAAAGUAAGCAAAAAUGCUUCCUGGUCCAAAGUUCACCGAAGCUCAAAUGAAAUUCUUUCUGCAUCCAAUAAUAAGAGAGAUAUGGGAAAAUCAAAUGAAAUCAUUCCUAAUGGUCAUCUGAAUGCUGAUGGAGCAGAAUAUACUUCUAUUCCACUGAAGGAAAAAAAUAUGACAUCUGUGAAUAUAUUGACAAAAUCCCCCGAUCUUAUGAAAGAUUCUGGAGGGGAUCUUCAUGCCAAUAGCAUGGGUGGUGAUGAACUUGGAUUCUCCAUGCUGAACCGAAAUUUGCCUAUCUACAUGAUCUGCCCUCACUGCAGGCGUUCUAGGAAUAAGAAAGAUACAGCAGAGGUUAAGUUUGCCAGUGGUAUCUCACAGCUUAAAAGGAUUUUUAUGGUCACACCAGCAUUUCCUGUAAUACUAGCAACAUGCCCUGUUGUGCAAUUUGAGGCAUCAUGCCUGCCUCCGUCAGUUCCAGAUCGUGAACAAAAAUUGCAGUUUAGCCUUGGAUGUCCAGUGAUCUUGCCACCAGAUAGUUUCCUUACCCUUAGAUUACCAUUUGUGUACGGUGUGCAUCUUGAAGAUGGAAACAAACAUCCUCUUAAUCCCUUUGAACAGCAGCCUGAAAUGACUGCGUGGAUUACCAAGGGCACCAUACUGCAGAUGUUGUCCAAAGGGAGCAGUGGUGAGGGAUAUCAAACACAGUGAAAGCUGACUAAAUCUUUGAGUGGCCUAUUUUGAAUGUAAAUCGAAGGGUUUCAAUUGCUGAUCCAAAAUUCAGAUGUGUGUGCAGGACAAGGAACUUUGUGGAUGACAAGUAUGGUCUAUAAUGGAAUUACUGAGCUGUAAUGGAAACAAGUGGGAUGCAUCUUUAUCCAGGCAUGAAUUGGUAACAUAGAAUCAACUGCUUUAAACAUAGUAAGCAUGUUCAUCUGCUCUUUCUAUAAUCUCAUGUGGAUAAAUCAUAAAUGCAAAUCCAUGGAUCAAAUAUUGCUGUCUGGAUUUAUUUGGACGACACUGCCAAAUGAAAGAAUUCUACGAUUGAGGGGACUCUAAAAUUUGUACAUCAUUAGCCAGAGACCUUGAAUUGUGCUAGUAAUGACUUACGUGAAGGUAAAACCAUGCUUGCAGGUGAAACCUCGCAAAGUUGUAGUUGACGAAAGGUUGAAUGGCAUCAUCUGCUGCAUAGAAUAUCAUGUAUAACCAAGGCACUGGCUAUUGCCUUUUAUGUAAGGAUGUUGCUCUUCAUUAUGAAACAUGGCAAUAUAUAAGCAUCGGUAUUGGUCAUGUGCAUUAUUAUUGCAAAAUCGUGAAAGGGACAAGCAAGGGCCUUUAGCGCUUUAUUUCAAGGUCGACGGAGGGCCUGUAAUGGACGGGAUAAGAUUAUUAUAGUAUAAAAUGUUUGCCUGAUGUCGAAUUUGUUUCGUGUUGAGUUUUUGCUUUUAGUGGAAGGUUUUUGAUCAUGAAACGUGCUGAAAACUUUGUUGUAACCAGAGCUUGCACUGUGUUCUCUGUAUUAAUUUAUUUUACUGGAAUGUAUUUAAUGUUUGAAUUUUAUUUUUGAUAAGCAACUUUACAUAUUAAUGAAAGUAAAAAAAGAUUUUUUU